AUGCACACACUGUUUCGCUGUUGUCUGCUCUCUCUUCUUCUAGUACUGGCCAGCUCUCCAGCUGUAGGUGGAGCUGGCUUUCCUGGAAUUGUCGGGCAACUUUUCCUGUUGUGCUUGCUACCUCUUGCUCAAUCUCUUGCUUAAUGACAGCUCUGCUGCUGGAUUACUGUGCUGGGAGGACUUUGCCAUCUGGAUGCCCAUCUAUACGACAUGCUGGGGUUCAUGGCUAACGCAUUUGUCAUCAUAAAUAUAUCUUUAUGAUUCAGGUCAGAAGUUUUCCUUCAGCAGAAAUGUCUCAGCGGUGCAAAGAGGGGCGAAAUCCAUCGAUAGCUGAUCAGCUUCCCUGGAUUUCGCUGACAUCUCCACUUUGUUUUGCUUGAAAAUGGAAACACUGGAGUCGGAGCUGACCUGUCCAAUUUGUCUGGAGCUCUUUGAGGACCCACUGCUCUUGCCCUGCGCGCACAGCCUUUGUUUCAACUGUGCCCAUCGUAUCCUGGUGUCACACUGCACCCCCACAGAGCCAAUUCAGUCCAUCAGCGCCUUCCAGUGUCCAACCUGUCGCUAUGUUAUCACCCUCAACCAGAGGGGCCUAGAGGGACUCAAACGCAACGUUACGCUGCAGAACAUCAUCGACCGUUACCAGAAGGCUUCUCUGAGCGGACCCAACUCACCUAACGAGACUCGACGUGAACAAGCCACCCCGGACUGCAAAGCCAUGACAUCUCCCAGUGACAGGGUGCAGUGUCAGUUCUGCGAGCAAGACCCUCCACAGGACGCCGUGAAGACCUGCGUCACCUGUGAGGUGUCGUACUGUGAUGAAUGUCUCAAGGCCACCCACCCUAACAAGAAGCCUUUCACAGGCCACCGUCUAAUCGAGCCCUUGCUGGACUCCCAUCUGCGAGGGCUUAUGUGUCUGGAACAUGAAGAUGAGAAGGUCAACAUGUACUGUGUGACAGAUGAACAACUGAUCUGUGCUCUUUGUAAGCUGGUUGGCCGACACAGAGACCACCAAGUAGCAGCCCUGAGUGACCGAUAUGAUAAACUCAAGAAAUCUCCUGGCCGCUUUCUCUGUGUGGGGCGUGAUCGGUCAUACCAGGAGGCGGACCAGCAAGCCUUGGAUUCCAAUCUUAGCAAUCUAAUCAAGAGGACCAGUGAGUUGGAAACCCUGAUGGGCAAACUUAUCCAAACCUGCCAACAUGUGGAGGUAAAUGCAUCGAGACAAGAGAACAAGCUUCUUGAGGAGUGUGACCUGCUGAUUAAUAUCAUACAGCAGCGAAGACAAAUCAUAGCGACCAAGAUAAAGGAGGGCAAGGCUGUACGGCUGAGGAAACUGGCGCAGCAGAUAGCCGGAUGCAAACAGUGCAUCGAAAGGUCCUCCUCUCUCAUCACUCAGGCCGACCAAACCCUCAAGGAGACGGACCACGCUCGAUUCCUCCAGACAGCCAAGAGCAUCUGUGAGAGAGUCUCUAUGGCAACUGCAUCCUCUCAAAUCCUGUUACCAGAAAUUAACUUGAAUGACACCUUUGAUACUUUUGCUUUGGAUUUUACACGGGAGAAGAAAAUGCUAGAAAGCUUGGAUUACCUUACAGCACCAAAUCCACCAGUAAUCCGUGAGGAAUUAUGUACAGCUUCAUAUGACACGAUCACAGUUCACUGGACAUCAGAUGAUGAGUUCUCUGUUGUAUCGUAUGAACUUCAGUACGCCAUUUUUACCAGCCAGUCCAAUGUUGUCAGUUUGUGUAACUCCGCCGAUAGCUGGAUGAUAGUACCAAACAUCAAGCAAAACCACUACACUGUGCAUGGACUCCAGUGUGGCACCAGGUACAUUUUCAUAGUAAAGGCUAUCAACCAGGCUGGAAACCGUAGCAGCGAACCAGGGAAACUCAAGACCAACAGUCAGCCAUUCAAGUUGGACCCAAAGUCUGCACAUCGGAAGCUGAGGGUGUCCCACGACAAUCUGACAGUGGAGAGGGAGAGAGACUCGUCCAAGAAAAGCCACAGUCAGGACCGCUUCUCCAGCCAAAGCAGCUACGGCGUCAUCGGAAACGUCUACAUCGACAGCGGCCGCCAUUACUGGGAGGCUUUGAUAGGAGGAAGCACGUGGUUUGCCGUGGGCAUCGCUUAUAAGUCUGCACCAAAACAUGAAUGGGUUGGUAAAAACUCAGCCUCCUGGGUUCUGGCUCGUUGUAAUAACUCAUGGGCUGUGCGUCACAACAGCAAAGAGAUGCCCAUCGAGCCCUCACCUCACCUGCGGCGCCUUGGAGUAUUGUUGGAUUAUGACUCUGGAUCUCUAUCUUUCUACGACGCUGUUGCCUCGCAGCACUUGUACACAUUUGACAUCGCCUUUGCCCAGCCGGUUUGCCCUGUGUUCAAUGUGUGGAACAGAUGUUUAACAAUCCUCUCUGGCCUGCCAAUCCCCGACCACUUGGAAGGGUCAGACUACAACCAACUAAUUUCAAAGACAAGACCAGAAUGCCAUGCACCUUUUGUGACUGUGACAACCAUAAACUGAAGGCGAAAUGAAAACAGGAGCCAACAAGAUGAAAUUAAUGACCUUGGUGUACAUUCCUAAUCAAGCCUUCAGUGAAAUUAAUUUUUUUUUUUUUUUUUUUUUUUUUUUUUUAGAAUUAUUUAAGAAACUAUUUUCAAGCAUCUGUAGAUGUAUUCUUUGCUUUGCACUUUAUGAACAAUAUUCUGCUGGAUAGUUUAAAGGGUUUAUUUACGAGCAAUUUUCAAUUCAGCUCUGAAUGUUUUUCAUUUCUUAAUACAUAUUUUUGUGUGUGAGUGACACAUGGUGAAAGGUUGUAUUAUAGGCUAUCAUGAAAUGUUUUUUAAACAUUUUUAAGCCAUAGCAACUUUAAAGAGACAAAGCCUGUCAAAAUAAAAAUUAUUUUUAAGCCCUUGUACCACACCACCAAUGCUUCAUUAACAUUUUGUAUGAAAGAAAAAAAAAACAUUCAAUGAAAUAGAUGGUGGUAGUUGUCUCUUAGAAAUGCAGAUUUGACAUCAGCCUUACAAUUUUCAUAUAUUUACAUCUGAAAUCUAUCUUAUCUUACAGUAGCUACCAGGUUUAGAAGUUUGUCAUCAAAGCCUUGCAUCACAAUUUCCACAUUUUUCACCUUAAAGCAUCUCUGUAACAAAGGUUUAAUAAAGGCAAUUUCAUCUGAU